UAAGUCUAGAUUCUAGAAUCUAGAUUACUACCAAGUACCAGUUAGUUAGUACUUUAGUAGUUGUCGCGUCUUGUCCCUUGUUUCUGGUAGCGAUUAGUACUUAAUUUUUAAUACUAAAUAUUGAUUACAUUUUAAGUGUAUUUAAUAUACAGAGUAUUUAUAUUCGUUGAACUGAUUGAAUUCAAAUUACUAGACUAAUUUAAUUUACAACUAUAUUGUGUCAUAGUUUAAAGUUUAAUUCAUAGUGUUKAACUAUKUAUAUAAUCAUAUCUAUUAAUAUUUCAUGGAUACAGCCACACAUAUAAGGAUCUAUCCAUUCAGUUAAACUUGAAGACUUGGACAAUUAUUAUGGUGCAAUAUUAUACAAACAAUGGCUUUAAUGGGUGAUCAAUUAAACGUUGCACAAAGGCAACCAGCGUAUGUACGUUUUCAAAACAAUACUUGCUAUAGCAUAGAAGUAAAUUGGAUGAAUUUUCAUAAUAAAGAACAAACCUACUGUAUUUUAGAUCCAAAUAAAUUUGUAGAUGUAAAUACAUUUUCUACACAUUCAUGGAUUUUUAGGGAAUGUACAUCUAAGAGUCAUAUGGUAGUUGCUGGAAGAGAGGUAUUCAUUGCAACACCUUGGGUUGAAGAACAUAGGCGCCUUGAAUUUAAACAUCCUAUCAAUGUACCACUAAGAACAAGGGUUUUGAUCGAAAUGCCAGCUAUGGACUUACGAAAACUAUGUUUGUUAAAAUUAGCAAGCAUAUUGAAAAAUAAAGAUGACAUAAACAUGUUGGAAAUACCUAAAACACUUCAAAAGGAAUUGAUAGAAAUGAUAUCAAAUAAAGAAGCUAGUAAAAUUCAAYUGACUAACUAAUAAAAUAACAUUAUAUACUUCUUUUACAUUAUUUUAUAAUAAAUAAGCAUUGUAUUAAUUAUAAAUAAAAAUUAGUUUUGGUAUGAUAGAAUUACAAUAUGAAUAAAAUAUUGAGUAACUUGAUUCGAGUUGGAAGCACCUGCAUUGUGUAAACAUUUGUCAUUAUGAAAUGAUCUUUUUAAUCAAAAAACUAGUUAUGACAUAUCUCAUUAAGUAUUCCUGUGAAUGACAAUAUCUGAGGGUGAUUUCAUACAUUUAUCAAUUUAUCAAUCUUAUUUCAUAUAAAUAUCAGAUAAAAUAAUAUAACUUAUGAGUAAAAUAAAUGAAGAAACUUUAUCUUAAAAUUUGAUACUGUUGUGCAUGUUUUUAAUAUACAUUCUAUGAAAAUUCGAUAGUAGUUUCAAAAAAGGAAGUUAUAGUUACAACAGCUAUAAAUAAAACUAAUAUAAAUG